UGUAGCAUGAGUUUUUAUAUUGAUAAUGUAACUCCUUAGUCUGUUAGUAGACUCCGGUACAGGUACCGUAUUGAUGAUACUGCUGUACCGAGAUAAUGGAAUCACCUCUUGAUGCAACUCAACAUGAGGGAAAACAGUUUUUGCAAAAUGGAAUGGCUGAGUCUGUGUAUGUGCAAGGUAUUAAAAGGGCUCUGGGUGUUGGAGAGCUUUUAAACAAAAUCGCAAAAGCAGCAGAAUUAAAAAGACAAUAUUUGGAUCAGCUCAGAGCACGAAUAGAGGAGCGUGAAAGGAAUAAAUUAUACAUUAAAGAUUUGGACAAGAAGUUCACGAAUCCUUAUGGAUUUAAGCAAACUAAUUCCUCUCGAUCAUGGAUUAAAAAUAUAUUUGAAGAAGAGGAAACAAGCGAUGACGAAGAUGAUGUCACCGAGGAAGACUACAGAGAAAUGCUGAAACUUCAUAGGAAAAAAAAGGUAAUGAAAAUAAAAUGGGAAAAUGAACCUGCACUUGCAAAGUACAAAUACUACAGUUCUGAUUAUGUAACUAAUCGUGAUCUGUGGCCGUCACACAGAAAGAAUUUUAAAAAACAUUUAAUAAAGAAGAAAAAGAAAUCAAAGGAUUACAAAUAUUAA